AUGAAUCCAUCAACACCCUCGCGAGGCCAGGGUAACGGCCAAUACGUCGAGCCAUAUCCUGAUGAACUCCCACCGGCAUACUACGGCGACGAAGGCAGCACGAUUUCUUCGCCAUUUCAAAACGAUGCAGGAGCAUCAGCUACAAUGCGCCUCUUACCGACUGGUUACGACAACGAACAUAUCGACGGCGGCAGCGACCUGGGAACCAAUGCUGCGCGCUUUCGAAUGGGACAAACAUCGUCCACCCGCAGAACUGCGAACCCAUCGCCGACCAGAUCAACCCCAAAUCGUGUGCCAGUGUUCCGCCCGCGCCAAAACUCGGUUGCGUCCAGUAUCGGGCAUACUCCGUCGAUUCCACCACCUGCUGCAUCGGUCGUAGACUCACCACAAUAUUCGUCCAGACCAGGCUCUCCAACGCGUCCCUGGACCCCAUCGCGAGCAUCGACCCGACGAGGAGCCAACUCGUCUAUCUCAGGAGUGAGCUACGAGCCAGCUGACCUCAAUGGAAGCCCAAGACCGGGUACUCCUAGUUCGGCUUAUGGAGGUAGUCCGCGCAGACCUCUUCCUCCGGCUCCCUUGUUCUCGGGCCCUUCGGCUAGCUCUGGAGAGACAAGCAUAGACAUUGGAGAUGCGCGUUCUGCAGAAGAUCCUUUCGGUGGAGACGGACAAACAAUCGAUCCUCGACGCUCUUACGAUUCUUUUAGAAGUGAAUCAACUAUGGUCACUGACGAGAAGGAGGAUAUGGUAAAGGUCGAUCUGGAUGAAGUCCAUGACGGUGAAGGAGACGAUACAGAGAUGCUUGUGGACCCAAAUAUUCACUACGGACCUGCACCCGAGGGUAAACAAAGCCGUCGUGGUGUACGAUCGGCCCAAAUGUCGAAGAAGGAAGUGCAGCUUAUCAAUGGUGAGCUUGUCCUGGAGUGUAAGAUUCCAACCAUCCUUCACAGUUUCCUGCCACGUCGUGACGAGCGUGAAUUCACCCACAUGCGAUACACUGCCGUUACCUGCGACCCGGAUGAGUUCAAGGAACGAGGCUACAAACUGCGCCAGAACAUCGGAAGCACUAUGCGAGAGACAGAACUGUUCAUUUGUGUGACUAUGUACAACGAGAAUGAGGUGUUAUUUACACGAACUAUGCACGGUAUUAUGCGCAACAUCAGUCACUUUUGCUCUCGUGCCAAGUCACGUACUUGGGGUAAAGAUGGAUGGCAGAAAAUUGUGGUGUGUAUUAUUUCCGAUGGCCGUGCCAAAGUCCACAAACGAACACUCGAUGCCUUGGCAGCCAUGGGUGUCUACCAGGGAGGCAUCGCAAAGAACGUGGUCAACCAGAAAGAAGUCACAGCACACGUGUACGAAUACACAACUCAAGUGUCGUUGGACUCUGACUUGAAAUUCAAGGGUGCUGAGAAAGGCAUUGUACCUUGCCAAGUUAUUUUCUGUUUGAAAGAAAAGAAUCAAAAGAAGCUCAACUCUCACCGAUGGUUCUUCAAUGCAUUUGGUCGCAUGUUGGAUCCAAACGUUUGUAUCUUGCUGGAUGUGGGUACACAGCCUGCCCCUACUGCGCUAUAUCAUCUUUGGAAAGCAUUCGAUCAAGAUUCAAAUGUUGCAGGAGCUGCGGGUGAGAUUAUUGCCGGCAAAGGAAAACACUACUUGGGUCUACUCAAUCCACUUGUGGCAUCGCAGAACUUUGAGUACAAAAUGUCAAACAUCCUGGAUAAACCGCUGGAGUCUGUCUUUGGAUAUAUUACUGUGCUUCCCGGUGCAUUGAGUGCGUAUCGAUACUACGCUCUGCAGAACAACGAGGACGGACAUGGACCUCUUAGCCAGUACUUCAAGGGCGAGACGUUGCAAGGCAAAGAUGCCGACGUCUUUACUGCGAAUAUGUACUUGGCUGAGGAUCGUAUCCUUUGCUGGGAGCUAGUGGCAAAGCGGGGAGAGAGAUGGGUGUUGAAGUUUGUAAAGAGUGCUGUUGGUGAGACGGAUGUUCCUGACUCGCUUCCGGAGUUUAUCUCUCAACGUCGUCGUUGGCUGAACGGUGCCUUCUUUGCGGCCGUGUUUUCUUUGGCCAACAUGCGACAGAUUUGGGAAACAGACCAUACGUUGACGAGGAAAAUUCUUCUACAUAUUGAAUUUGUGUAUCAAUUCUUUCAACUGAUUUUUACAUAUUUUGGAUUGGCCAAUUUCUACUUGGCAUUCUACUUCAUUGCCGGAUCACUUUCCAACCCAGAUAUUGAUCCGUUCGGACAUAACAUGGGCAAGUACAUAUUUGAUGUCCUUCGUUAUGCUUGUGUGUUGCUCAUGGCGUUGCAAUUCAUUCUGUCGAUGGGUAAUCGUCCGCAAGGUGCGCGCAAGAUGUUCCUGUUCGGUAUGAUUGUGUACAGUAUCAUCAUGCUCUACACAUCAUUUGCAACCAUCUACCUAAUCGUGGAUAAGCUGAAAGGUGAUGGACUAUCCCUUAGCGGCAACGAUCUUUCCAACAUCGUUGUUUCGCUCAUGUCGACUAUCGGGCUGUACAUUUUUACUUCUUUGAUGUACCUCGACCCGUGGCAUCUGAUUACUUCUUCGGGGGCAUAUUUCCUCUUGUUGCCAAGUUACAUUUGCACGCUUCAAGUUUAUGCUUUCUGUAAUACGCACGACGUGAGCUGGGGUACGAAAGGUGAUAAUGUCCACCACAUGGAUCUUGGUGCUGCCAAAGGUCUUGGAGGAUCAAAAGUCGUCAUGGAGAUGCCCACCGAACAACUCGACAUCGACAGUGGAUACGAUGAAGCGUUGCGCAACUUGCGAGACCGUAUCGAAGAACCGGAGCCUCCAGUGUCCGAGGGUCAGCUACAAGAAGAUUACUACCGCGCGGUCCGAACCUACAUGGUCUCGAUCUGGAUGGUUGCCAACGCUCUUCUCGCCAUGAUCGUAUCCGAGGCAUAUGGUACAGAAUCGGGUGCUAACAACAUCUACCUCGCCAUCAUCCUAUGGGCUGUCGCUGCUCUCGCCGCAUUCCGCGCUAUCGGUUCAACCACAUUUGCCAUCUUAAACCUCGUCCAUAAGAUCGCCGAAGGCCGCAUGAAAUUCCAGGCUGGUUCGUUGGGUCAGAAGCUACGCAAAGGUGGUGGAGGUAGUGUCGCCGGCUCGAGUCGCUACGGUGGCAGUGCCAGUAUCAGAGAUUUGAUCUCGGAAGGUGGAUGGAACAUUAAACGAAAGGCGCGGAAGCUAAUGUUUUGGCGUAAAUAA